AAAAUAUGAUGGCAAGGACUCGCCAGUUACGGAUCAUAAGAGAAACGCGCAGCGUCCGUGCUAAAUCGCUCAGCCACACCGGUGUGCACCCCUCACCCAAGACACACCCGAAAACUAAAAAUAACCGCGUCUAACAAUACCCUAAUCAUCCACUGCGUAUUCAGUUCCAAACUUAAAUGGCAACCACGAAUGAAACCAGCAGUGAACGUGUAAAUACGUUACAAAGCGACAAAGCUCGUGUUGUGGUAUCAGUGAGCGGAUUACCCGCCGAGGCGUAUCGCGAUGGCGGAGAGGGGAGCGGGGCGACGAGCGAGAAGGCUAUAGCGUGCAGCGGGAGCGGGAGCGAGCGAGCAAGCCACGCGCGCCGGCGGGCACCCCAGUCCACAACUCUACAUCAUUAGUUCCGCGCAGCGCGCCGCUCGCGUCGCCCGCCUCCGCUGCCGCGCCCGCUACUAUGAAGGCUAAAGGAAUGCGUUCGAAGAACAUGGAUAAACUUAUAGCCGCUGUCCAGGCGAGAGAAUGCCUCUGGGACAAAAGCUACAGAGGACACAGGAACCGUUUUAAGUUGGAGCGUUAUUGGAACGAGGUGGCCGCGGAAGUGGGGACUAGCAGUCUAAACUGCCGCAAGCGAUGGAAGAACCUAAAAGACCAAUGCCGCAAAGAAAUGAAAAAGAACCCCAACGAAUCCGAAUGGCCCCACUUCCCGAAACUCAAGUUCAUCCACCACCAGUUCCUCGCAGAAGACGAGGAUGAUGAGGGUGACACCAACGACGAGGUCUUCAAUGCCCUUGACGACUCCAUAAAGAGACCAAAGCUAGGGUAUACCAUGAGGAAGAAAUUCCUCAUGAACAAAAGACGCACGAUCGAUGUGGAUAUGAAUAAGCUGAUUGAGCUGGUGCAGACGAGGGAAAUAAUUUGGAACAGGCAGCUGAAAGGACACCAUAAUUGGUAUAAGUUGGAUGAGAGUUGGAAGGAGAUUGCUCAGGAGUUGGGAGUCACACGCGACGAAGCGCGGCUCAAGUGGAAAUACCUCAGAGACCAAGCCAGAAAAGAGGUCAGGAAACAAGAUUCAGAAUGGGAAUAUUUGCCUAAACUACAAUUUUUAACUAAUCAAUUCAACGACUACGAAGAGACUCCUGGGACUGAAGAUCAUUUCGCGGAUCAAGAUUUCGAUCCUCCAGAGCAAAGCAGCAGUUAUUACAAUAUAGAACCAGUGCCAGAACCGACGAAUGUCAGCGUUAAGGAUGAUGAAUUCGACGAGUUUGAUACUAAGCCUAUAAUCAUGGAGACUGACUUUUAUGAUGAUGAUGAUGAAGUCCCUAAAAGCCCUUGUACGACGGCUGGACAAGAUGCUGGGGAACCAGCGAAGGACGAAGAUAUAGGGUUCUUUAACAGUCUGUUGCCGCAUGUGAGGAAGCUUGGGCCGGCGAAGAAGCUGAUGCUUAGGAUGAAGAUUCAGGAGUUAGUUUACAAUACUGUUUACAAUGAAACGUAGGGAAUGAAAAUGUAUAAUUUUAUCGCAAUAUUACCAAGAUGGUAAAAUUAAUUCCAAUAAAUUGCAUGACAAGCAUAGUCUGGCAAACCAAUUUUAAGAAGCAUAACAAAUUACUUCUCUUUUUUUGGGUUGAUGAUACUAUCCUUAGAAAAAAUACAGCAUUCAUGAUGUCUAUGCUUCAAGGACAAGCGACCCUAGCCAAACUAUCUAGUAAAAACUAUAUUAGCAUGUCUUCCAUGUGACAAAUUUUAAUGUAAAACCGAAUUAAUGCAUUUCCGAGAAUAUGCCUACCAUAAAAGGAUUGAUCUGAAAUGUCCCUUUUUUAGGAUUUUGUAUUGUAACAUAUUAGGGACAAAACGUGUCACUAAUAUCUCGAUAAAAGUUGCCAGAUUUUAAAGAUUAUGUUAUGUAUUUUGAGCUUUUAAUCCACUGCAAAAUUGCAGUAUUGAGGUCACAAAUGUAAAAAUAUCUCUAACGAGUGCACGACGUUUGAAAUUCAUUCAGAAGCAAUCAAGCGGGUGAGGUGAUCAAAAUUAUCUACACAUGCUUGGUCACUUCUGUACCCAGUCCAGUUGAAUUGCAGGCUAUCAGGGAACCAUAUCCCUCCCUUUACUUAUAGAGUUUGAUGUAAAGUUUAAAAUUAAACUAUAAUGUGCUUGAAUCAUAUACUUUCACAGUUGAAAUUCUUAUAAGUGCUAUAAAAAUAUAUUUUUAAACAUGUUUUAUUAUUCUGUGAUUCAAAUAGAUAGACCGCCAUUCCAAAUGACUAAGUAUCUUAAGUAUUUUAGCUGAUUUUAAUUUGUAUUAUUUUAAAAUUGUAUGAUUAUUUUAAUAAAACCCGGACGACUUUAAAUUUACGAAAUUCACGUUAGAACCUCUUGUUGCCUCUCAGUGAUUGACUUUAUUACUUCGAACUCUACUAAUAUAAUAAUGUCAAUACGAGUAGGUAAGUUUUUUUUUAUGGCCUGGGUAAGUGUGGCUGCGGGAGGGUGGUUGGCCUUCACAAUGCCUGUUUACACAAUGUGCAAUGAUGAGUGCUUUUUAAUGUGAUAGUCAGCAAACGAGCAGACGAGCCGCCUGAUGGGAAGCGGUCAUCGUCGCCCAUGGACAUAAGCAACAUCACAGGAGCCACUUAAACGUUGCCGAUCCUUGGGAACCCAGAACCCUAAAUACCCGCUUCUUGAAGAAUCCCGUGUCGUUUAUUGCAAGUUCAUACAUUUGCCACAAAGUAGCAAGUAGAGCAACACUUAACCGUAUUUAACUUAUUUAAUUUUAUUUUAUUAGCUCUAUUUCAAAAAGAAAAUUUUAAGCAGGCUUAAAACCUAACGUGUAUUUUAUUAAGGAAAAUUACGUUGUAAAUAUUUCUUGCAAUAUAAAUU